UCUGGUAUUAAAAUCGUUUAACCCAGAGUAGGCUCAAGUAGAGUAGAGCAGAGCAGAGGAGGGAGCAGGAGGGUAGGGUAGGGAUGGGGACCCUAAGGUAGGGUAGACUAGGUUUGGGUAGGGUAGAGUAGAGUAGAGUAGAGUAAAGAAGGUAGAGCGGAGCGGAGCAGAAAAGAUUGCUUGUUCAGUAUCGCAAUGUAACUUUUUUCCAAAGACACAAAGAUGAAAAUGAAUAGCCUAAGUAUAUCCAAAAAGUCCCCUGAUGAGGUCUCCGUGCUCUUCGAUCGGUGCUACGGUAUCUAUGCCACUUUAUAUCAAGUCCCCUGACGUAGCAGUAUGGUGGCCUGGUGGGGAAAGUGAUGACAGAUACAAACGACAUACGUCUCAUAUUCUGCUGUGAUAACUCUCAUCCCGUUUGCGGAAAAAGGCCUGCAGUACUAAUGGAUUUUUGUUUUUCAAUAAACAAAACUAGCCAUGUUUAUGCUCAUAUUGUGCUUGCAGUUGGUCAACAACCCAUAUCCCUUUUUAAAGAAUCAUUAAAAACCACCCCGAAUGAAGUGAAGCGCACACUAAAAGACGCGUGAAUUACGCCCAGACCACUGAACCUAUUGCUCGCACUGAGAGAGAAAGGAAAUGUUAGUUUUAAUGGCAUUUCCUAGAGGAGAAAAGAGGCAGAAACAGCCAUAUACAUCGUGAAAAGGCCAUUUUAAUAAAUUUGAUUCAUUUUGCGACGGUAGCGUUGCCUGCGCUUUGGAAAAUACCCGUGGACAGAUCGUGUAUUCCUAAACGACGUACAGUUUCGCAGCUGUGGAACCGUUUGCUACUGGGCACGAGCAAGUUUACCAAGGAAAAAAAGCGCGGGUUCUUUUCCCUCAAUAUUGUUUUGUUUUCGUUGGAGAAUGUCACAGUUCUUUUGAGUGACUCAAACGUAGUAUAAAGAACGUAUUUUUCGACAGAAUUAUCAGUUACUUUGACUUGGAGAAAACGCGGUCGACAAUGUGGUCCUUCUCAUUCUCGGCCAUGUUGUCAUGUUGAACCAUGUGACAUUUGUGACAUUUUCAAGGAUAACAGUUUUUACACCAGCUGAAGAUGGGAGCAUCGAGCGAUGACCAAGAUGAACUGCCGCUGAGUUUGUCAACGAAAAAACGUCGCUGCCUGAAAAGAUCACGCUUAUCUUCCGACUCUGAUGAUGAUAAAAGAAAGACCAGAUCAUCGAGGAAACAACUGAACAACUCAAGCAAGGAAAGUGAUGACAAUGAAGGCUGUGGAAGUGAACAGUUGAACCCAACGCCCUCACAGACCCCUCGCAGCUCAGAACGGUUGCGAAGGAAAUCUUUGCAAUCAUUCUCUUUGCCAAGCAGGGAAAAAGUACUAGACGCCAUAACACCCAAAGGCAAAACCCUUUGUAGUCAGCAGAAAGUAAAGACGUUAAAAAGAAAACUGGUCAACAACUUUCUGAGAGAGCGUUCUUCAUAUGUCAGCCGUGGAGAGGGUCGUUAUGACUCAGAUGAUAGUGGAAUGUCUGAUUUCAUAAACGAUGAUUCAGAGGAGGAUGAAGAAGAUGAUACAGACUCCAGUGCGGAGAUUAACCAGAGUUGUGACAGCAACAAGAAAGACUCGGGAGUAUGCAGUGUAGAAGUCAAUAAAAAGAGACACAAGGAAAGAGCAGUGCUUAGCUCAGAAGAAGAAAAUCAAAAAUCUCGUGGAAGUGACAAUGAUAAUGUGCUUUUGUCAGAACUGGUGGAUGAAAAAAGAGCAAGAAAGAAAGUGACUCCAACUGCUGCUGAUCCAAAUUACAGUGAGUCAGAGGAGGAGUUUACUCCAAAACUCAAAACAGCGAACAAAAGAAGGAAAAUCAUUGAGUGUAGUGACUCAGAUGAAGAAAGUCAAUCUGCAAAACAGGAAAGGAAACUGAAAGAUGUUAAUGAUGAGAGGAAAAACUCUGACAGUGAUGAUGAACUGUCAAAGAAUUCUCCAGCUAAAUCUGCCUCUUUGAGGCCACGCUCAAGGCGUCUGCAACACCUUUCACAGAAACAUGAAGACAAACAUCGCAAAACAUUUGACUCUUUAUUAAAGAAAAGACAAACAGCAAAACUGGAUCCAAAAGAGAGACAUGCAAAGAAACAAUUGUCAAGAGAUAGUGAUGAAUCUGAAAGCAGUGAUGCAUCUAGGUUAGAGGAAGAGCUGGAUCCUCUAAAAGAGGCUGAUGCAUGCUUUGAAAUGCACAGCAGUGAACUUGAGGAAGAUGAUGAUGAUAGAGACUUCAUAGUCAAAGAUGGAGAGACUUCUGAUGAAGGAAUGAAUUCUGAUGGUGCAUCACAGUUUCUUAAGCUUCUAGACACGUUUACAGGCAAGCAACAGGAUGAAGAAGUUGCAUGUAAUGAAAUGAAAGAUGUUCCUUAUGGCAGUGAGGACACUCAUUUCAGAAGGCGAAGAAAAAGAAGGAAAAGGAAAAAGGAGAGGAAAGCAUCAAAAUGGAGGCGCAUCAAGAUGGAGGAUGACAGUGACGAUACUGAUGCCAAUGAUACAGCAGUCAGCGACGUGUGUAAUAGAUAUCCACCUCUUCAUGCUGCUGUUCUUGAAAAUGAUGUGCCUUUGGUGAGUAAGCUGAUAAAAAAAGAUCCCGAUUGCGUUUAUGAAAUUGGGUACAGAAAGAGAACGGCCUUACAUUUGGCAGCAUUAGAAGGCAAAGUGGAACUAGUGAAACUUCUUCUUUACCAUGGUGCCGAUCGAACUGCUGUGGAUUGCUAUCAUCUUUCAGCCAUUGCUUAUGCUCUGGAUGGACAUCCAGAAUGUGUUCAGCUGUUACUUGAUCACACAAACAUUAAGAAUAUUAAUAAGAGUAUGACAAACAAUCUGCAAGAAAUGAACUUGUUACACUUUGCUAUUGGGGAAACAAGAGAUGGCUUGAAUUGCCAUGACCGAGCAAGAUGCCUGGAACUUCUGUUUAGUAGAGACAAGAAGACCUCUACAAAGCUUCUAAGACAAAGUGAUGUUAGGAAAUUUUUCCCUUUGGCUGCAGCUGUAUUUGCCGGACAACAUGAGUGUGUCCAAGUCUUGCUUAGGAUGGGUGCAGAUGCUACGGCUUGUAAGACAGAUGAUGGAGGAAAUAUCCUGCAUUUUGCUGUAGAAUGUGCAUCUCAUUUUAAAGGAACAUGGCCAGCAACCAAGGACACUUCACAGUGCCUGAGAGAACUUCUAAAGAAAACAAAACUUCUGAUUGACCAGCCUGAUGACAAUGGUAUGGUUAUGAAAACUAUUACUUAUACAUGUUCAUGGACAUGUAUGUUAUUUUUAUAUGCAUUUUGUGUGGACAUUCCCAAUUUCCCUGUAAAUGUAUUUGCCUAUACCAUAUGA